GAUCAUCCUACUAUUACUAUUGAGGUUCCAUGCCCAGAAGAUUGCACUCGGAUCCAAACAGCACCUACAUCAUCUUCUUCCGCUUUUGAGAUUUUAAGAGAGAAGCUUCUAGGAGCUUCAUCAUCUAGGCCAUCGUCUUCCAAGAAUUAUCAUGUCUUCCUCAGUUUUAGGGGUGAGGACACCCGCUAUGGCUUUACAGACCAUUUAUACGUCGUUUUAUGCUGGACAGGAAUUGAUACAUUUAUGGAUACAGAAGAACUUCGAAGGGGAGAUUCCAUUGCACCUGAACUUCGGAGAGCAAUUCAAGAAUCACGGUUUGCAGUCCAUUCUAUCCCCGAAUCAUGCUGAUUCAAGUUGGUGUUUAGAUGAACUUGCAUAUAUUCUUGAAUGCAACAAAGUGACACGGCUGCAAGUUUUUCCGGUUUUUUAUCAUGUUGAACCAUCUGAGGUUAGAAAGCAAACUGGAAAUUUUGGCAGGGCUUUUGCCAAGCAUGAAAAGUAUCUAAUUGACAAUAUGUGGAAGGUGGACAAAUGGAGGCAAGCUUUAAAGGAAAUAGCCAAUGUUUCUGGAUGGCAUGUGAAGGACAGGAAAGAAUCAGAAGUCAUUGAGGAAAUAACUGAAAGGAUCUCAAACAUACUGAACAAGAGGUCAUCCCCUCCCGACAGAGGUUUGAUAGGAAUGGAUGAACGUGUAGAAAUAGCGGAGUCUUAUUUGGAUCUAGGGUCAGCUAGGGUUUUUACCAUAGGUAUUUGGGGGAUGGGGGGCAUUGGUAAGACUACCCUUGCAAAAGAAGUUUACAAGAAGAUUCAUAACCUAUUUCAUGUUAGUGGCUUUGUUCGCAAUGUUAGAUUGCAAUCACAAGUGGAGUUGCAGAAACUUGUUUGUGAGUCUUUCUUUGGGGAUGGUUACGUAGACAGUGUUAAAAAGGGUUCAAAAUGGACCAGGUUAUUACAGAAAAAGGUGCUUCUUGUUCUAGACGAUGUUGAUGACUUAAAACAAAUAACAAAUUUAGUACCAGGAGGAUCGGCCGGUGAAGAGAACUUUUGGGGUCCAGGGAGUCGACUCAUUAUAACAACUAGAGAUAGAAGAACAUUGACAGAGCUUGGAGUUCUUGAACAUAAAAUCUAUGAGGUUGAAAAACUAAAUGAUAAGGAAGCUUAUCAGCUUCUGUGUCAGAAAGCCUUCAAGAAGGUCAAUCGCCCCAUGGAGUUUGUAGAGCUGUCCAAGAGUUUUCUGAAAUAUGCUUGUGGCCUUCCUUUAGCUCAUGAAGUUCUAGGGUCACACUUGUAUGGAAGAAAAGCAGAUGAAUGGUCAGAGGUACUGGAUAGACUUGAUGAGGAUCUGGAUAAAGACAUUUUUAGUGUGCUUCAAAUAAGUUUUGAUGGAUUACAUACUGAAGAUAAAAAGAUCUUUCUAGACAUUGCUUGUUUCUUCAAUGGCGUGGAUGUUGUUCGUGUAAAAAAGAAACUGAAAGGUUGUGGCUUUUCUUCGGGAAUAGGAAUGACCAACCUCAUUGACAAGUCUCUGGUUAAAAUUGUAAGGGGUAAAUUGUGGAUGCAUGAUUUACUAAGGUGCUUGGGUUGGCAUAUUGUCCGUAGAGAAUCUCCUGUUCACCCCCGAGAUCGUAGCUGGCUGUGGCUCGAUGACAAUGAACACAAAUAUGAUACGAGAAGGUCAUGGCGUAUUGAGGAUGCUCGUAAUGUUCUCACAGAAAAUACGGGAACGACUGUUGUGGAAAGCUUAUUCUUAAGCUUGCCUGAAAAAGAAGUAAUCCGUUUGAACUCUGACCCAUUCUUAACUAUGAGCAAACUGAGAUCGUUGAAGAUUUGCAAUGUGAACUUUCAGCAGGAUGUGCCCUUACAAUAUCCCUCUAAACAUUUGCGGCUUUUGGAAUGGCAUGAAUGUCCUCUAGAAUCUCUGUCAUCUUGGUUUUCAUCUCAACAGAGGCUGCUUGAACUCAAGAUUCCAAACAGCUGCAUUGAAAGACUAUGGGAUGAAUCGGUUUAUCCGCUGGACUUGCUAAUACACAUGGAUCUUUCCAACUGCCGAUGUUUAACCAUCACCCCGGACUUCAGCGGGGUCCCAAAUCUUGAGACAUUGAUCCUUGAAGGUUCUACAGAGUUAUCAGAGGUUCACUCAAAGUCCUCUUCAAGAACCAGUUGCAACAAUCUUCAGCUUCGCCCGGAAGUUGAAAUACAAAGUCAUCUUCGCCAUCCCAAUAUUCUACGUCUUUAUGGCUACUUUUAUGAUCAGAAACGAGUUUAUUUGAUAUUUUGGAAUAUGCCGCCAAAGGUGAACUAUACAAGGAACUCCAGAAGUGUAAACACUUAAGUGAAAGAGUGCAGCCACCGCAAGUUCUUUUGUGGUGUCGAAUUCAUACUCUUUCAGUUGUUUAUAGAAUAGAAAUUCUGAUGUUUUUUUUUUCGUAUGAGGUAUUUGGCCCGAGCCCUCAUAUACUGUAUCAGUUGCCUUAAUUGCAUCAGUUGCACCAUUGGGAAUCC